AUGGCUGCUGCUCAGAGGUAUAUUGCAGACAUUAACGGCUUGAUAAGCACCAAAAUUCCACACUUCAGAAUCGUAGUUCAUGUCAUGUCAAUCUGGAAGAUGUACAUGAAGGCAGAUCAGAAAGAAAUAAAGUCACUUGAACUCAUAUUCAUUGAUGCUCAAGGUGGGAAAAUCCAGGCUACCAUCCCUAAAAGCUUUAUGGACAGCUUUAUCAACUACUUCGCAGAAGGCUGCCUUCGGCAAAUAGCAUGUUUUGAUCAUGCUUUAAACAUUGUUGGUGGUUACCGUUGUUCAAAACAUGAAUACAAAAUCGUCUUUGAACCUAACACUAUUGUGGAUACUGUGGAUGAUGUUGUUGAUUCGGAUAAUCCUAACCAUAAUGAAAAUGCUGAUGCCAUAUCAGCAAUGAUGGCUGAUCAUCCAGUAAUGCCGGUGGUGCUUAUUGUGCAAUAUGUGAAAUGCAAAAAGUGGAACUCAAGAGCUUCAGUCACCACUAAUAUGUACAAUGGUAGAAUCUUCCUAAAUGACAUGUCUAUGUCUGCAAUUUCUGAAUACAAAAUGAGAUUGGAGGAUAUUGAGGAUAAAGAUGCAAGUGUCCAGCAGAUUUCUAUACUUUCUAACAUAUCUGGAUACAAUACUUAUGAAGACUUUGUGAAGGAUGCAUCAAUGUUAACUCUGUCUGAGAUAAAGGAGUUAGAGGAGGUAAUGACAUAUUCAGAAACUUUUCUUCAAAAUCUUAUGUCUAUGUUGAGUUUGAUUGGUGCUAUAGGAUGUAGAGACUGCAACAAGAAGGUCACAGCAAUAGGUAAAGACACUGAUACCAGGUUCGUAGGAUUGCCUAAAAGUAAUCAACGUGGGAAGGGGAAAAAGGGCACCAGUGAAAUCAAUGGUGAAGGUAUCAAAAAGUUUCUAUGCAGCAAACAUGGUCCUGUUUCUGCUGUUACUCAAAAGUUCAAAAUACAGGCAAUUGUUGUUGAUGGAUCGGGCAGUGGUAUAGUAACCUUAUGGGACAGACAAGUUUACAAUUUAAUUAACAAGAAUGCAUCUGAACUCCUUGAAGAGUUUAAUAUAAGGAACAGGGACAGUAAAAUGUCAGUUGCUAGGGUUACUACAGAUGCUGCAAUUAUAAAACAGUACCUACAAGCUGUAGCUGAAGAUCUGGAAAUAGAUGUAGAAACCAGUAUUGAAUUUGGCCUCAAUAUGACCCAAACAGAUGAUAGUACUGCAAAGACUGUUGUAUCAUGUACUGGUGAUAUUAAUAUCCAGAAUGCUGAUGUUGGAAAUCCUCUGGAAGAUACUGCUGAUAGUCCCCCACCAAAGAAGUCUAAAUCUACUCAGGAUCCUGAGAGUGUCAAAUCCCACCAGAAUAAAUGCGUCAGGAAAAUCUGA